UCAAAACAAUAAGCUGCAAUGUUACUGUCAAUCUUAGUGCAACACUUAAUGUAUGGUGCAUGUUACAGCAGAAAAGCACACAAGAACCCAAGAACAAGAAAUCCAGACGGAAUCAACAUUCGGACGCCAAAGAUGAAGAGCCAGAACCAGAAAUUGAGGCGGUCAGUUCAAGCCAGGAAAUACCUUCAGUGCCACCCCAAACCGAGAAGGUUUCAAUUGCAACGCAAACAAAGAAGUUAAGUGCCUCCUCACCAAGAAUGUUACAUCGGAGCACCCAGACUAAUAAUGACAUCCCCUGUCAGAAUAUGUGCCAUGAAAAGUACACCAAAAUAUUCAACGAUUUUAAGGAGCGUAUGAAAGCAGAGCAAAAACGGGAGACUGAACGAGUUGUAAGAGAAGCACUGGAAAAGUUGCGCACUGAAAUGGAGGAGGAAAAACGUCAGGCAGUGAACAAAGCUGUUGUCAACAUGCAGGCUGAGAUGGAUAGAAAGUGUAAGCAAGUGAAGGAAAAAUGCAAAGAGGAAUUCAUGGAAGAGAUUAAAAAACUGGCCACACAGCACAAGCAGUUCAUCUCCCAGACCAAAAAGAAGCAAUGGUGCUACAACUGUGAAGAAGAAGCAAUGUACCACUGCUGCUGGAACACCUCUUACUGCUCCAUCAAAUGUCAGCAAGAGCACUGGCAUGCUGAGCACAAACGAACCUGCCGUCGGAAAAGAUGAAAGUUCUCUCCUCCACAACAGCCAUACUAAGAAACAGAGAUUGCUUCCUUCUCACAGACAGUGCUGGUUUUAGUUUGGAGCCACAUUUCUGUGAAUCUUGCUUCCCAUUUGCACCAGCAUUUUAAUCUACAAAGCUUAGUUUCCUCUCUUGCCCCCUCCCCCAACCAUCGCCCACCUACCAGUUAGCCGAACCAAGUCAGUCUGUGUUGAUUUUAACCAGAUACUUUUUUGUGUGUUUUUUAACUUCUUUUACAUCAGUGGUCAUGUGAUCAAUACUUCGGGACAGGGUUGACACAGCAGGUAAUAAACCUGCUUUAAAAAAAAUAACUGUUAAUAUUUCCCAACUCUGCUUUUUUAUAUUUUUCUUACGUAUGCUACUUUUAUUAAUAAAAAUGAAUGUUGAUCAUGUAUUAAAGCAGGGAAAUGGGAUUUCUAAUGAGCUGGACCUUAGAGAUGGAAUGAACAUUUAGUUCUGGUUUUGUAAUUUGCACAUUUCUUUUCUUCCUAACCCAAAUGAGUCCACACGCAUGUAAAAUUGCCAAAUACUACCUUUAUGUACCAGUAGGUAUGAACAGAAAAAUUACAGUGAAUUUUGCUUUCUGCAACAGUGUUCACUGAAUAUCUGUGCAGUUGUCUGUCUUGCAGUUGAAUUGUAUAAAAUAAAAUGAAGCACUUAGUUUUUUUUCCAGCAGCUCUUAGGUUUUGGAUUGUAAUUAGCUAUUGCUGCCUGUUUGCUUACAGUCCUUGUCACCUUAGACAGAAUGAUGUAUCUGCAUGUCAAUCCAUUUAUAAAGGCAUUGUGAUUGUGAUGGGUCUGUACCUUGCUGCGUGUCUGGUACAAAACACAUACCAGUAACUGUUUCGUGGUAUUGCAGAAAACGGAAAAUAAUUUAAAUAUAGAAUCAUUCCAAAGGCUGUUUAAAUCUUUUACUCGUAGCUGCAUGAAAGUAAGACACGUGUAACUUUGACUGUUCUGUUUUCAUGUCUUGGUAACAGCAUUGCACCUUCUUCAAAUUAUGCAGUAUAAACACUCUGUUAAACAUGACUGUGGCCUGAUUUUGUUUUAAAUUAUCACUAAAUUAACCUGCUUUGGAUUGUUUUAGAUGAAGCAUUAAAAUCAAUUCAUAGCUAAAUACAGUUGCCAUUUGUAACUCCAUCACAUAAGGUUUAGCCACUCUGCACAUUUACUCAUUUUAGUGUGGCAUCACAUGGCAGUUAAAUUAGGACAUGGCAAAUCCUGGGCUUUUUUGUAAGUUUUUCUUACUGGCAAUAUAUUAAAUCAUCUGUGUUUACAUUGGGCAAUAAAUGUAUUUCAGAGAUGUACUUUGAAUGUUUAACUUUUGGUGUUUAUUUAUAUAUAAAUAUAUAAAAUAAAAAUAA